AUGGAUGAUGGAACUGAACUAGACGGCGCGGAGGAUGGGGAGCUCGCAGACGAUUGGGACGAUGCCGCCGAAGAUUGUUUAGAAGACGCAGCUGUUGGUGGCGCAGAUGAAGGAGAUACCUGGGACGACUUGGCUGAUGACGGCGAAGACGACAUACCUGAAGACGCAGAAGGUCCCAUCUUGGAAGAAACCGAGGCGCUCUUAGAUACCGAUGGCGCGGAUAAUGCAGAUGAUUCAGACGGCGCAGGUGAUAUCUUGGAACCAGAGUUGCUAGAUACAGCAGAUGAAGCUGAGAUUCUUUCUGACAUCGACGAAGGCACAGGAAGAUUGGACUUUCCGGAAACUGACACACCAGAUGGCGCUGAGGCUCGUUCUGAAAGCGAUGAAAACACAGGGAGAAUGGACCUUUCCGACGGAACUGGUGCACCGGAGGAGGCUACUUCACUUGGAGACAGUAAAGUUGACGCCGGCGAGACAAACAUCGUAGACGAUCUCACAGGCUUUCCAGACUUACCGCCCUCGUUCACAGAAGAUGCAGUAGAUUGCCCGAUUGGAGGCGGAAGAAUGCCUGUCUUGGAGUUUGGCGGAGUCUUUGUUCCCCCAUUAGGACCUGUAUUGGUGUUGGAUGCCAUUCCGCCAUUAUUGGUACCAGUGCCGCCCGAUUCUUGA